UCUGCUCUCGGCAUCUCGCUCGCCAACCACCUCAAGGCGUCGCGCGGCCUGUACAAGGCGCUCAAGCCCUUGGCCGACCGCUACGCCAACCUGGCCGGCUUCCGCGCGUACGGCCUCAAGUACGACGACGUCCUCAUCGAGGAGUCGGCUUCGGUCCAGAAGGCUAUCGGCCGCCUGUCGGAGCGUGAGGCGUACGACCGCGCGUUCCGCCUGCGCACGGCGAGCAUGUGCGCCAUCGCGCACGAGGAGCUCCCCAAGGACAAGUGGAUCAAGCCCAACGAGGACACGCGCUACCUCAAGCCGUUCAUCAAGGAGGUCGAGGCCGAGGAGGCGGACCGCUCCGCGUUCGACCACGCGACGCGCGCGUAAAGCGGGUCGGGGUUGUCUGUCGUGCGGUAGAGUGGUGUCUCGCUGGGAAUGGGAUCCCUUCAUGCAGUGCUU